AUGUGGCCACGACGGGUCUAUACCCGCAAGAAGAGAGCCUGUCCGAGGCUUAACCUGACCCCAACGCUGGACCUAGGCCCGUCUGCGACAGCAGAGGUCCCCCCAGGCUGGAAAGGAAAUGGUAAAGCGCUUGGUUUGCAGAGGAUCAUGGAGAAAGCGGAGCAGAGUGGCCUGGGAGGUAGCAGCUCUGGGCUGCCGAGCUCUCAGUUACAAGUUACAGAAGAAAAAAGCCUGCAAGAAAAUAAUACUAGCGAAGAGACCCAGAAUAAGAAGAUUGCUCCAUUGAAUGAGUCUGUGACUGAUGACCUCCAAGUUGACAGUAGUUCAUCAGAUAAUGAACUAGUAUCAGGACUAAGUUUGCAACAUGAUAUUACCAGUUCUAUUCUGAGCUAUUCAGUCACAGACUCUUAUACAGAAUGCAAAAGUUCUGAGGAGAAUUUAAGUAGCUUCUCAUCACCCGAACUCUUCAGAGGAUCAGAUUAUUCUGAUUGGGAGUGUCCCAAGUUGGAGGAACACAUGCAGUACAAGAAUUCCACUCUUUUGGAUACCAGUAAAGCAGUAGCAAUAGAGAAGGCACCACAGUUUUCAAAUCUGUCUUCAAUUUUAGAUACCUCUUCAGAAGACUAUGAAAAACAACAUAGAAAAAUAGUGAUGACAUUUGCGGAUGGAAAUUUUUCUCCAAAACCUAAGAGUACUACAAAUUCAGAAUCAGAUAAUGCAGCUCCUGAAGUUGUACUUGCUGAGGAAAUUUACCCUUCGACCCCUGAAAAAAACAAGAAAGAGAACACAAAUUCCAAUAAUCAUGAUAAGAAAAGCAGAGGCCCGUUAACAAGUACACCAUCUUCGCAAACAGCUGGUUUAGAGAUUAAUCUGUCCUCAGUUCAAAAAGCGUCUUUUGAGGAACUAUUUCCAAAUGUUAGCAGCUAUGUUAAUUCAGAUGAAAUUGUUCCUGUGUCAAGUUUGCAAGAAAAUUCUUCAAAUGAGGUUUCUUUAAAUACAUCAGAAAUAUGUUAUAUUAUUAGAGCAUCACCAGGAACUAGACAAGUGAAAAGUAAAGGGGUUAUUGUAAAGAAGAAGAAAUAUUCUCUUCCUAAAGAUAUUCCUCAAGGUACUGUUGUGGUAUGA